AUGUUGAAGAUAGAUGUGGAAAAAUUGGUAUAUAAAAGUGUAUAUUAUUAUUUAUAUUUUACUAUAUACAUGUGUUGUUUCGACUGUAACAAAAGGGAUCUUUAUCUUUUUAGGACUAUAAUUAAUAGUGAGAAGGAAUCAAAGGAGUUAGAACUUAUUAAAUCGUAUGAUACAUUAUUUUCAAGUGACGACACAUCAAAAACAUAUACAGAAUGUAACGUAUUCAAAAAUGGAAGUAAAGAACAUAAUGGUGCUAAAAAACUUUGCAAUAAGCUUUUAUACCUAUUAGAAAAUAUAGUUAAGAAUCCAACAACGACUGAUAAUGUUAAACGGUGCAGUUAUUUACGCUACUGGUUUUAUGAUCAAAUAAGAGGAAUUUACGAUAACCAUUCUAAGAUGAUCGGUGAAAUAACUUUUAUUAAAGAACUUAUUGACAUAAGGAGUAAGGUUCAUAAGAAUGAAUUAAAAAAUAUGUGUGAUAUACCAUAUGAUAAAGAUGUUAAUUUAGACGAAUGGAGGAAAAGGAAACUUUCGUAUAUUUAUUUUAAAAACCACGAUAAUAUUAAAAAUAUUAGUAUUUCCACAAAGAAAGCUGAAUGCGAUAAGCGUUCCAAAUAUGUUGAGAUCUUCUGGACUAAAAUCAAGUUCUCCCAAAAAAAAAGAAAGAAGAAAAUAUUUGAGCAUAAUUAUUACGAAGAGUAUGAAAAAGAGUUAGAGAAGUAUGAAUCAGAAAAUGAAUCUUUAGAUUCUCAAUCGGAUCAAUACUUUUUGAAUUAUCAACCUGAACGAGACUAUUAUUACUAA